AUGUCCCACCAGUCUCCCCGCUAUUCCACGGAUGACUACUCAGAUGAAGAUACUCUUCCCUAUCCUGCCGAGCUCCCUCGAUCAGACUUCCUCGCCCCGGACUUCGACCCAGCUACCUACCUCUCCACGCUCCGCAACCGACAUCAAACACUUGAGGAUCUGCGAUCAGACCUGCGCCAACGGAGCCAACUGCUGAACAAGGAGCUACUGGAUCUGGUCAAUGGCAACUACGAGGAGUUCUUGAGCUUGGGUGCGGACUUGAACGGUGGGGAGGAGAGGGUGGAAGGCGUCAGGGUGGGGCUACUUGGAUUCAAGAGGGAGGUGGAGGGAAUCAGGGCAGCCGUCGAGCAGAGGCAAACGGAAAUGGGAGAUCUGUUGGCGGAGAAAAGGAAUACCAGGAAGGAUGUUAUGAUGGGACGAGCUUUACUGGAGGUCGAUGCGGGAUUGAGUGAGCUGGAAGAGCGACUGGGCAUCAAGGGGGGCGAUGGCGAGGAGCAGAACGAUUCUGCAGACGAUCAAUCCGACAAUGAGGGAGGACCGGACUAUGCGACGACAGUACCGAUCAGACGACUACAGCGGCAUGUAAGGAGCUUCCUGCUUCUCACCCGCUCCAUCGAACGGAUCGGUCCAGAGCACCCCUUCAUCGUGGCCCAAACUGCAAGUAUUACUGAAGUGCGCAGGACUUUGCUACUGGACCUGGCUUCUGCACUACGACAAGCGAAGGGUGAAAAAGCAACCGACGCUGUGCUUGCGAUCGUAGCAAUGUACACCGAGCUCGGUGCAGAAAGCGAUAGCAUCAGGGUGCUGAAAGGUGCUGGCUGA